GCCAGAAAAUAGAARAUGRUWAAUAGAUUCUUUAUGCAAACAAUUUUGUUUUCCUCUACAGUCACACCAACACCCUUACCUCAGAAUGUACGUCUCAGAGGUGGUUCAGACAAUACAAGAGGCCGAGUUGAAGUGAAAAGACACAAAGUUUGGGGAACGGUUUGCAAUUCGGGAUGGGACAUGCAUGAAGCUAAUGUAGUAUGUCGCAUGAGAGGUUUUGAUAGCGCAGUUACAGCUUAUAAGUCAUAUGGCGAAGGAACUGGGCCAAUAUGGAUGUCUGGGCUUCGAUGCAAAGGAAAUGAAAACAAUAUUGAGAAAUGCACUAGUGAUGGGCAGGAAAAGACAACUUUAUGUAACCAUGGCAUGGAUGCUGGAGUGGUCUGCCGUCGUUAUAAAGGUAUAAUAACAGUCGAUCUGGAAAAUCGAACAUCAGACUAUGAUGGCAGAGUGACUCUAAAGGUAAACGGCAGUGCAGGAUCAAUUUGUGGUAAUGGUUGGAACAAAAACGAUGCAGAUGUCGCUUGUCAAAUGAAAGGAUUUAAACAAGCUUUAGUACCUAUCAGCCAUUUUGGAGGAGGACCAGCCAAAAUCUGGUUGUCAAACGUACGUUGUAGCAAUAGCGACAAAUCACUGAAAGAUUGUAAUCAUGAUGGAUGGAUAGACAACUCAUGUCCUAAAAAUCACCAUGCAGGAGUGAUAUGUGAACGGCCUGGAGGUAACGACCCAAAUUUUGGUAUGAGAUUGGUUAAAGUACCAGGGACAAUCCUAAGUAAAGUUGAAGUCCAGUACUAUGGUGUUUGGGGAGCUGUGUCUGCAAACAACUGGAAUCUGGCUGACGCUAAUGUUGCGUGCUGGAGCAACAACUCAGCAAAAGCAUCAAUAGCAGGAAGUGUUAUAAACGACGAAAAACUUCCCAUUUUGAUAGAUAAUCUUGAUUGCCGAGGAAGCGAGAAUUCAAUAGAAGAUUGUGGUUUUGAAUGGGGUAUCUCUGGUGCUAAACAAUUCAUAUUAGCUGCAGUUGGAUGCACCAAAGUGUAUGACUUUUACAAUGAAAUGACAGCGACAAUAGGAUCUGUACAGAAUACAGGACUUGGACAAGUGGAAAUACGAUACAAAACUAAAGACUAUGCUGUUUGUGGUGAUGACAGAUGGGACAUAAGAGAUGCCGAUGUGAUCUGCAGGAUGAACAAUUUUAGAUACGGCGCAAUGGCAGCAAUUAGAAAAUACCCAAUUGAUCCAAAGAAGCCAUUCCUUACAGGAUUUGAAUGUCGUGGUAUUGAAACUGUAUUAGGCGAGUGUUUCCGUGUUCAAUCUUCGACUUGUCCAGGAAACUUCAUCGCAGGUGUUAUGUGUAAACCAAAUACAGGUGUACGGUCAGAAAUGAAACUGCGCUUAGCAAAGGAAGGACGUGUAGAGGUAUCAUAUGGUGAUAAAUGGGGUACAAUAUGCAAUGACGGUAACAGUCAGCAAAAUGCUCGGGUCAUAUGUCGCAUGCUCGGGUAUGUCGAUUUUGGUGUGUAUGGUUCAACGUCCAAAACAAGUGGUCUUAUCUCUUGGCUUGGAAACAUGCAAUGCAAAGGAACUGAAAAAUCCAUUGAAGAUUGCUAUCCAAGAUGGGGAGAAGCAACUUGUAAUGAUGACAACAUGCUUAGAGUUACUUGCAAGAAAGCUGAUGCUCCUCACUUCCAAAUCCUCGGGAACGAUGAUAUUACUGAAUCAACUGUCAAAAUCCACUUUCAGGACGUUGGAUCCAUUUUAGGCUUAAAAGCCAUCUAUCAAAUUGCUGUUGAAAGGAGGCCAUAUGAAGAGCGUCUCCAAUCCUUUAAUACUCAACAAAAGCCCUUCGUAUUUAAGAUAGUAAAUUACACUACAAGUGCUAACAUCAAAAGCGAUUCUUACAUUACCGCUGAAAUAGAUAGUUCAUAUCUACUCAAGAACAACUUUACCAUUGGUGACCCCAGUUUUACCCACGGAAAUGAUGGGUUUACUAAUGAGCCGCUUCAACCAGAGACACCAUACAGAGUGUAUGUAAGGAUUGCAACUGUAUCUUAUGAUAAGGCAAGGAUUUAUGGCGAUUAUUCUUACGUGGCCUUCAAAACAAACAAGUCUUUCUUAAAGGUCGUCAAGCUGAAAAACUCGUCUUUGGUAACUCGUACACGGAUUGCUUGUAGACUGCAAGAAAAAAACGAGAUUCCUUUGUGCGUUGAAAUCAGUUGUUGAACAGAUGAUUCCCAAAUGAGCCGCAAUUAAUCUGAAAAGCGUAGUUUCUCCUAAACAAGUAUAGAAAAUUGCGUGCUUUGUUCUUUUUUCAUUAACAGAAUAAGAUAAAGUAGAAUCUAAUAGGAGUUUGAACCAGCUAGGGAAAUAGCGCUGUAAACAGUGCUAUUACAGGCUAGUACAUCUGGUGUCUCUGAAGGUAAACACAGGGACCCCAGUAUAAUGUCGCUACUCAUUCACAAUCUACUUGUUUACUCCACAUUUCUUCGACUUUCGCAAUAUUGGUUGCCAUUCAUUAAAUUAUUAGUUAAAAUAUAACCAAAAGGAAAACUAUUGAAAUUCACAAUUGAAUUAAUUAUGGUACUUAAAAUAAUGAGGGUAUAAAAUGAAGGUGUACUUUUGUAAGCAUAAUGGUUGUUAAUAUCGUUUUAAUAAGUCUCAUUAAUAAACAUAACAAUGGAAGGGA